CAUCUCUCAGACCCCGGAUGGAACUGCCAUUGGGGGAAGUGGACUGGGCUGCACAAUACUGAGGAGGUUGUUGGAGUAAAAAAAAAAAAGAAAGAAAGAAAAAAGAAAACAGCAAGCGACAUCAACUGUGAAAAGAGAUUGUCUUACAUCGGAAAAACAAUAAACUGUUGGAAUCUGAAAAUACCAUCAUUGCAGUCUCCUCCAAACUGGACUUGGUUAAUCCGUGCGGACUGGAAAGAGAAUUAAAUAGUGGAACUUGUGUUGGGGAUACGUGCUGUGAAAAAAGCACUAGCUACUGAGUGGUGAACGAAACACGGGGCUUGGAAAGACAUUGACUAAGGCUCCACUCCAGUCCAGGGGCUUGCUUAAUGAACUAUGUCUGCCACAAGCAUUGACCCUCAGAGAUCAAAGGGACAAGCUUCGAAAGUGCAAAAUGGUUCUCUCCAUCAGAAGGACACUGUUCAUGACAAUGAUUUUGAACCGUACCUCACUGGCCAGUCUAAUCAGAAUAACAGCUAUCAAUCCAUGACUGACCCGUACAUGUCCAGCUACUACGCCCCUUCCAUUGGGUUCCCCUACCCUCUCAGCGAAGCCCCCUGGUCGACCGGCGGAGACCCCCCUAUCCCUUACCUGACCCCCUAUGCACCCUUGAGCAAUGGAGAUCACCAUUUUAUGCACGACACAGUUUUCGGACAGCCGGGGGGACUGGGGAGCAACAUCUACCCUCACAGGUUUAACUUUUUCCCAGAGAACCCGGCCUUCUCCACCUGGGGCACCAGCGGCUCCCAGGGACAGCAGACUCAGAGCUCGGCCUACGGGGGCAGCUACAGCUACCCGCCCAGCUCCCUGGGGGGCACCCUGGUGGACGGGCAAACGGGCUUUCACAACGACACUUUAAACAAAGCGCCGGGCAUGAACAGCAUUGAGCAAGGCAUGGUGGGACUGAAGAUCGGGGGCGACAUGGCGGGCUCCGGGGUGAAGGCGGUGGGCUCCGUUAUUGGCGGGGCGCUGGCGGGGAACGGCGGGACGCCCAUCGGCAUGCCCCCUCCCAAGCCCACCUCCUGGGCGGCCAUCGCCAGCAAGCCCGCCAAGCCGCAGCUGAAAGCCAAGGUGAAGCCGGGGAUGCCUCUCCCUGGGGGAGCCCUGCCCCCGCCCCCCAUCAAACACAACAUGGACAUCGGCACCUGGGACAACAAGGGGCCCGUGACCAAAGUGCCCCAGUCGCACCCGCAGCUCCCCCACUCCCUGACGCAGCAGCCCCCCCUGCAGGCCCCGCAGUCGCUGCUCCAGCAGGUGGCCUUGCAGCCCCCCCCACACCAGCAGCUGCCUCCACAGCCCUAUCAGAAUCACGCCCCGGCCCCUCCCCCGCAGACCCGCUGGGUGGCCCCCCGCAACCGAAACCCGGGUUACGGCCUGGGCGGCGGGGACGGCUGCGCCUCCCCUUGCGGUGGCGGCCCUGGGGGGCCCCCCGGCUCGGGCGGGCCGGGCCCCGCCGUGGACUCCCACCCCGUCCUGGAGAAGCUGAGGGCCGCUCACAGCUACAACCCAAAGGACUUUGACUGGAACGUGAAGAACGGCCGGGUGUUCAUCAUCAAGAGCUACUCGGAGGACGACAUCCACCGCUCCAUCAAGUACUCCAUCUGGUGCAGCACGGAGCACGGCAACAAGCGGCUGGACGGCGCCUUCCGCGCCAUGAACGCCAAGGGCCCCGUGUACCUGCUGUUCAGCGUGAACGGCAGCGGGCACUUCUGCGGCGUGGCCGAGAUGCGCUCGCCCGUGGACUACGGCACCAGCGCCGGCGUCUGGUCGCAGGACAAGUGGAAGGGCAAGUUCGACGUCAACUGGCUCUUCGUCAAGGACGUGCCCAACAGCCAGCUGAGGCACAUCCGCCUGGAGAACAAUGACAACAAGCCCGUCACCAACUCGCGGGACACGCAGGAAGUCCCGCUGGAGAAGGCCAAGCAAGUGCUCAAAAUCAUCGCCACGUACAAGCACACCACCUCCAUCUUCGAUGACUUUUCUCAUUACGAGAAGCGGCAGGAGGAGGAGGAGGUGGUCCGAAAGAACUUUGAUCUGGCUCCCAUCCAGAACCGGUCACGACUGGAUCAGGAACGUCAAAAUCGAAGCAAACAAUAGAAGACUCUAUUCUUGGCUUGAUGGACGGUUAUACUUGGACUGAAAUUUGAUUUAAGAGACAAAAGACAAAAUUCAAACAAAUCUUUUUUUUUUCUUUCUAUUUAAUCCUGGUGAUUUCGGCCAGCGUGGAGACUUAAGUUUUCUGCUCCAAGUACCUUUUUCUUGCAGGGAUAACAAGCUGGUUUAAGAAUCACAUAGCUGCAGAAUAUUAUUUUCAAUUUGUUCCAUUUUCAGUUUUCAUAGCCAGUUCCCCUGUCCCCUCUUCCCCCUUUAUUUGAAUCAGGGUUCAACAGCAGAAAUUCAACUUUGCCACUUUUUCUUAUAAGUACAAUCAGAAAUAGAUGUGUUACCCUCUUUUCCCAUUAGGGGGUGCUGUUGAUAUGUAUGGGAUGUAUUAAACCACCAGGUUUAGGAUCCUUGUGGACAUGCAAUGCUAUGACAGGAUGAUGAUCAAUAUUGUUGUACAACUGCUUUUUUUGGCUCAUUACUGUUGUGACAACUUAAAGUCAAUUCAUAAACUAUUUGUACAAUUUUUCUUUUCCUAUCUGGAGCCUUAACAUGUUAAAUAAUGAUGUGAAAUUAACUGAGUAGUCUUUCUAAAGUCAACAGUAAUAAUCAGGGGAAGAGGCUCUCUUAGAUAGCUGCUGCAGUGGAGCAGCCAUUCGCUCUGCUCACAGGAUUGAAGAUGGACAUGUUCUUUCUGUUGGACUAAUUUUGUUCAGCUCUUACUGGUGCAAUUUUUAUUUUGCCCCCCUCCCCCACCUUGUUGUUUAUAUGAUGUGACUUGGAACUGUUUCAUGUUUCCUGUCAGGAGCUCUUCAUGUGUUUAAUCCAUUCUGAAGAAAUGUAGCAUUCACUGCUUUUAAGUCAAUGAGAAAUAUGCUUUUUUAUUAGAAUGUGAUGACGUAAUUACCACAUUUGCGUGAAUCAUUUAUAUUUUAUCACUUGAGUUACUUUUCACUUAUCUUUUUUGGCCUCUCUUAAUCUUUUCUGUUAAGUUAUGUUUUGGCUAUAAAUCUUUCAUUUGUCCUUAUUAACGCCAAGCUUUGACAUAGGAGCUUAUAGCUAUGGAGAAGCCUCAGUCGUGUAACCCGAAAUUAAUGUUACUGAUUUAUUGUCAAAAGCAAGAAAAAUGAGAAAGAAA